GAAAACGAGCAAGAGCGCUUGCUCAAACAAAAAGCUUUCCUGAAGAACGGCAAGUACGACAACGUCUUCGAAUUAAGUUACAAGAAUGGAGCGGAGCAAUGGUACUGUAAGGCCUGUGAGUGUCCAGUCAUGUGGCGUGUUUUUCAACAUGAGGCUGGGCGACGCCAUACUCAAAACAUAUUUCAUACGCAACAUAAUAUGGAUAACUUUAAGAGAGAUCCUACUCCUGAAGAACCUGUCAUUGUUGAGGUGGCGCCAGGUGAACCUUUGCCUCCUGGGUUUGAAGAUGUUAGCAGAGAGUGUCAAAUUCAGGAACGUCUGGAUGGUUUCAAAGUGGGACCUCUGGUAGCAUUGGAAUAUCUUAUCGAAUUGCAAGAUGAUGAUACCUCGAAGGAACCAUAUUACUUAUGCAUUUUAUGUGAUAAAAAAGGGGAUCCCCGUACUGUCUUAACUCAUCUCGCGAGUUAUAACCAUAUUUCACAGUAUCUGCAAAAACACUUCCCUACCUGCUGGCGAGCUCUUGCUCCUUACAAUACAAAACAGUAUAGGAGAAAUUGGCAGACAACUUUGGAAAAAAUCGCUGAAGGCAUUGAAACGAAAUUUGGGCGUUUGAAACCGUAUCCCAUCGAUAAGGAUAUAUUUGAGAAAGAAAGAAUGCACCAUCUUCAAAUUGUUGGAAAAGGAAAACAUUUUUCCGAGAAUACUGGUUAUACUUUUGAGGAGUUGGUGGUCCAUGAUGAACUGGUAAAGAGUCAUGAAGAGGAUAAGUCAUAUGAAUCACCUACUAAUCACAACUGGGGGAAUACAUCUACUAUUCAAAAAUCUUUCAAGAAAAGGAGUCCUUCACCUCCGGUUGUUGGCAUGCCUUCUAAGAGAAACAAGGGCAAUGCUCAGACUAAUCCAAGAAAAGCCCAAAUGCCGGCACAACCUCAAAACCAAGAACCUGCUUAUACUGUGCAAGCAAAGCAGCAAAUUGCUUCGUCACUGAACCAAGCUAAUAACUCUCAGGUGUCCCCUCAAUUUCAACAGCAACCUCCAAUUCGACAACAACCCCCAAUUCGACAACAAUCUAUUCCUGGUAAAAUACCACCAGCCCAGCCAGGAAGGCCACCUUUUGAUAGGCCACCUCCUGCUCGGCCACAAGUUAGGAGGAGAUCCCUAUCCAGCGUUUCUAGCAUUUCAGACAAAAGUGAUGAUAGUAACGAUGGUAGGCGAAGACCUAUUGUUAGAGACCGAGGUAGAGGUAGACCUGGCGGAUUUGUGCGAGAUCGACAACUCCCUUAUGCACGGCGUAGAUCUCCGUCACCUAAGCGCAGAUCUCCAGUCAGGCGCAGAUUCCCUUCACCAAGACGUCGAGUUGUUUCGCCGCCUAGACGCAGGUCGAAUUCGCCUAUUUUGAAACAAAAGUCACCUGUGCAUAAUGCCGUUAUGGAACAAGAACAGGAGAAGUUAAGAAAAUUAGAGGAAUUCAAAAAAUUGGGUAGAGCUAUUGAGAAUGACUUACAGAAAACUUUGAUACAACAUGAAAAGAACCCCGAGAAACAUCCUCAGUAUAAUGAAGAAUGGAAAAAGUUCUGGAAUAGAAGGUACAAGGAGUUAAAAGCUGAAGGCGUAGAUGUCCAAAAGCACGACUUUAAACCGGAAUGGAUAGGAUUCUGGAACAAACGGAUGGUCGAGAUCCACAGUGACGAAUUAAGAAAACGAAAAGAAGCUUUGAGAAACCGCCUUGGACUUCCUGAGGAAAUUAACCCCAUCAAAUUUAAAAUCGGCGGUGACCUUGCAUUACCUAUACAAAUUAAUCCGAAGCCUAUGCCGAUGGCAGCUCAGCCCGAUCAGGACAAUGAAGUUAUUGUGAUUGAUGAUAAAGAUGAUGAAAAAGUUAUACAAAAGACAAAAAGUCCCUUUGAAGAUAAGAAUAAAGGUGGCCUUGGUCCAGUCCGCAAACCACCAUUUAAGCGUUAUAAAAGUCCUAAUAAGGAUGUAGGAUUCAAACGAAUGGUCAAACCACGUUCCAGAUCUAAAGAGAGAUUAGUGAGAGAUAGGUCCCAUUCGAGAGAUAGACCUUUUAGAAAAUCACAUUCCACAGAGAGGGGUAGAUUCAAUAAUACUUCCCCAAUAAGUGAUACAUCAACAACAUCAAGUGACAGGUCCUUGUCAAGAAACAGAUCACACUCAAAAGGGACAUCGCCAUACAGUAGGAGAUCAAAAGAACGAAGAUCAGUCUCUCGGGAAAGAAGAGAUGAUAGGAAGCGCCCCACAGAAUUCAUUAGAGAAAGUUCAUUUGAAAGAGAUAUAAGAGCAAAGGAGCGAGUUAGAACUGUCGCUGAUUUACCUUGGGAAAAACGGGAUAGAAUGUCAGGAAAUUAUUCAAUGUACCGGAAUCCAUACUUUCCUCCUCCAAUGAUGCGCGACGUAACAAGAAAACCAGUUGAUUUCAAUAUGCCAAAUGACGAUGAUGAUGAUGAUGGACUUGAGGUCAAUGUAGUUGACGUCCUUCGUCUUCUUACAGCUCUUGAAGAACGUUUGGGUUCAUUGGGACCAAAAGUUAUUGAUCUUCUAGCACAAGCCCUAGCCCUAGAGAAAAACGAAGCUAAUAGUUCAGAAAGUCUUUUAGAUAAUGACAUAAAUUGUGUACUUUUUGAAACUGUAAAAGAGAAGCUUAAAGGACAACUAUUUGCUGGGCUUGUGGAUAUGUUGCAGGAACGGGCGUUUAAAAGGGCAAUUAAAAAAAUUGCAAGUUUGAUGCAUAUGGCUGGACAAAGAAAGAGGCAAAGGGAUAAGUUACUUCCGAAGAUGACUCCUGUUUCAGUAUCUGGAGUGGUAGAUAAGGCUGCUAUUGCAAAACAGAUUGCUAAUGCAUUAGUUGCUCAAGGAAAAACAGAUGUAUCUCAGGAUGAGUUAGAAACAUUAAUAAAUGCAGUGGUAGGAAUGGCUGAAGCUUCCAGAAAUUCAAGUAAACCAAUGACAACAGCUAAUUUCUUACAGAUAUUAGGUAGUGGGAAUGGAGAAAGAGAUGCACAAGAGAAAAUAACCCCCAGUUCUUCUAAAAAAUUAGACAUAGUGGAUUUGGAAAAACUCACAGAACCUUUAACACCAAGCCCUGGAAAAAAUUCAGCAAGUAAUAUGGAAAACCUCUCAGAUUCUGACCUUCAAACACUCUUACAAAACUUCAAAGAUCUAUCAACUGAAGAACAACACAAUUUGAUAAACUACCUUAAGAAAUUGGAAUAUCAAGAGCCAGAAAGAGUGGAAAGGUUACGAAAGUUCGUUAACUUAGAACCCGGUGAUAAACCAAAGGAUGAUGAUAAUAAAGAAGCAGAUGAAGAUGCAGAAGUUGAUGGAAAUAAGAAUAAGGCUAAUAGUGGUAGAGAAAGUCCGUUUUCAAACAGAUCUGGACCAGUAAACCCCGAUCACGACUUAGUGGACCUUGAUUCUGAUGAAGAUAAUGAGAAAGAUGAAAAGAUGAAUGAAGAUAAAGAAAAGAAGAUUAAAAAGAAAGUCCAUGUAGAUUCCGAAGAUGAAUAUAGUUUUGAAGACGUUGUCAAGUCAGUCUCCAAAAAUGUGAAAGAUAAAGAAAUGGAACAUAGCAAAAAGGUUUUAGAGGACACUAUGAAAUAUGAUAAAUCCAAGUCUGAAGGAAACCUAAACACUGCUAAAGACCUUAUUUCUAAUUUGAUGGCAAACAUAUCCAAAACAAAUUCCAGUUCCAGUAGUGUAGACUUGCUUGGUUUAGGUUCAAAGUCUGUAACUUCAAAUCCACCAACUAAUAUGGCAAACGUUGACUUCACAAAACUUGGUGAUAUUGGAAUGUCUAAUUUGGCUAGUAUACUAAGUAACUUUAAAAAUUUGACUAGCCCAGACACUACUGAAAAGAAAAUUGAUUUCCAACCCCCAUCUCCAGUAAAAAAUGUAAACAAAAUGAACUUUGAUUUGUCUAACCUAGACUCUAAUGGAAAGAAAAUUGAUUUCCAAUCUCCAGUUCUGGGAAAAAAUGUAAACAAAUUGAACCUUGAUCUGACAUCACUUAAAUCGAAACUACAAGAAAAUGUUGAAUUUCGAGAUCAAGGUAUUAAUAAAGGACCUAUGACCUUAAAUCUACUGGAUAGAGAUAGAAGCAAGCAAUUUGAGGAUUCUGAUCCAAGUUCAAGAAGGAAUUUUGAUGGUCCCGAAUUCGAUAGAUCUAGAUUCAGUGGUCCUGAGAGAUUUGGCCCAGGGGGUCCUGGAGGAUCUGCAGGUCCAGAUAGGUUUGGUCCAGGUGGCCCAGAUGGGUUUGGUCCUGGUGCUCCAGAUAGAUUUGGUCCUGGUGCUCCAGAUAGAUUUGGUAUGGGAGGGCCAGAUAGAUUUGGUAUAGGAGGACCAGAUAGAUCUGGUAUAGGAGGGCCUGACAGAUUUAGUAACAGAGGACCAGACAGAUUCGGCACAGGUGGACCAGACAGGUUUGGUACAGGAGGACAAGACAGGUUUGAUGCAGGAGGGCCAGAUAGAUUUGGGAUAAGUGGGCCAGACAGAUUUGGUGCAGGAGGGCCAGACAGAUUUGGUGCAGGAGGGCCAGACAGAUUUGAUAUAGGAGUGCCAGAUAGGUUCGGUUCUGGAGGUCCAGAUAGAUUUGGUCCGGUAGGAUCUGCUGGAGGUCCAGAUAGAUUUGGGCCGGUAGGAUCUUCUGGGGGGCCAGACAGAUUUGGUCCGGUAGGAUCUGCUGGAGGUUCAGAAAGAUUUGGUCCUAUAGGAUCUGAAAGGUUGGGAGGUCCAGGAGGUAAUGAUAAAUAUGGUGGUUUUGGAGCUUCUGAUAGGGGUUUUGGUGGCCCCGAUAGGGGUUUUGGUGGCCCCGAUAGGGGUUUUGGUGGCCCCGAUAGGGGUUUUGGUGGCCCCGAUAGAGGUUUUGGUGGCCCCGAUAGAGGAUAUAAUGGACCUGAUAGAUCAUUUGGACAAACUGACCGAGGUUUUGGAUCUGGGCAUAUAGCUAAAGGACCACCCAGUCUCUUAGAAAAGAAUGUGUCCAGAAUGGCAGGUUCUGGUCCUGGUUUAGGAAUGGGAUCAGGACCAGGUGCGAUGGAUCCUAAAGGUCCAGGUAAUUUUGGAAACAGAAAAGGGCCUCCUUUUGGAACAGAUUCGUUGCCAAGAGGGGGUCCGCAAAGGCCAGGCCCAGAUGAUCAAAGGAAUUUUCAGAGGUUGCCAGCUCCCGACUUUAAUAGACCUGGGAAUUUCGGUGGUAGAUGGUAA